UGGAAUAAUUAUAUUUUGCAUUACAACCAACUAAAACCAAAAUUAUACAAAAUCUAGCUAUAAAUGACCAAAAACCUGCGAAUAAGUUAUGAGGUAUCCAAGGACUAGCUAAAUGAAAACAACAUAAAAUAGGACACUACAAAAAGAAAAGCAAUGCUAAAUGUUAUAACGAGCGACAUGGGUCCGAAUGUUGGAAACGCCACAACCCCUCUGAGUCCAGAAACAAAUGCCACUCUGCUAAGCACACUUGUAAAUGCCAUACAUUCCAACGAAAUCUUUUCAACGACCGCCUUUGCCACCCCUCUUGUGCCGGUGGCUACAGGUGGCAACAACAGUGACCUUUUCACCCCACCACCCUCCCUCCACAACACACACCGUUGGCCGAAUAGCAAUAACUUUACUUCUGCUGUGACAGCAGCCAUGACAGCGGCGGCCAGCAUCGUCAACGCCACCAUUGCGACGCUCAACACUCCAGUCACAUACUUGGCCACAAAUGUUAGCAGCAACGAAGUUGGUGGCAUAAUGAAUGCCACCGAAACCCCAUAUGUGCCGUAUGUUAUGCGCCCGGAAACGUACAUUGUUCCAGUGCUGUUUGCCUUCAUCUUCAUUGUCGGUGUCCUGGGCAACGGCACACUAAUUAUUGUCUUCUUAACAGUGCGUCAAAUGAGAAAUGUUCCCAACACUUAUAUUUUCUCCCUGGCCUUGGCCGAUCUAUUGGUGAUAGUAACUACAGUUCCCCUGACAUCUACAGUCUACACCGUGGAUUCCUGGCCAUGGGGAAGUUUACUUUGUACACUCUCGGAAUUCUUCAAAGAUGUUUCCAUUGGUGUUUCAGUCUUCACAUUGACGGCGUUAUCGGGCGAUCGCUAUUUUGCCAUUGUUGAUCCCCUGAGAAAAUUUCAUGCGCACGGUGGUGGAAAGCGAGCGACACGCAUGACAAUAGCCAUAGCCGUAUCAAUUUGGCUCCUGGCAAUAAUCUGCGGACUACCGGCAUUAAUUGGCACAUACAUCAAGAAAGUGGUUGUUAAUAGCAACAAAUCGUUCUCUUUGUGCUAUCCAUUUCCCGAGGAAUGGGGCUGGGAGUAUGCGAAGCUGAUGGUAUUGCUGCGUUUCCUGGUCUAUUACGCCAUACCCCUGGUCAUAAUUGGAGUUUUUUAUGUCCUGAUAGCACGACAUCUAAUGUAUGCCGCUAAUGUUCCCGGUGAAAUGCAAGGCGCUGUCAGACAGGUACGUGCCAGACGUAAAGUUGCCCUGACAGUUUUGGCUUUUGUGGUUAUUUUCGGCAUUUGUUUUCUACCAAUCCAUGUCUUUAUGCUGUGGUUCUACUACUGGCCCACGGCCCAGGAUGAUUACAACUCGUUUUGGCACGUUUUGCGUAUCGUUGGCUUUUGUCUGUCCUUUGCCAACAGCUGUGCGAAUCCAGUGGCUCUGUACUUUGUGAGCGGCGCCUUUCGCAAACAUUUCAAUAGGUACCUGUUUUGUGAAGGCCCCCGCACAAAACUCAAAAAACGUAACGACACCAUGUGCAUGCACAGGGACACAUCGCUGACUAGCACCGCAUCCAAGAGAUACUAUCACUCGAGACGCUCGUGUUUCAAUCAAAGUACACUUCGCAGUCGGAUACAGGAGACGACAAUUACCAUGUUGACAAAUGGCAAUCCCAAUGGGUGUGGCAAUUUCGUUGGGCCAAAUUCGGUGGCCGGGGUCAAUUGUGUACCCGACGACACCAUUGAAGUGGCGCUGACCACUGAUUACUGUCAACAGCAUCAGCACCAACAUCAGCUGAUGUGAAAUUACAUCGACG